AUGCAGCAAAGAUUCCUCCCUCCACCACAAGCUAUCAACAAGACACAACUUGACACCGCCGCAGUUGUCUUCCCGCUCACCAGAUCCAGUGAGGACCACAUUAGUCAGCUCCCAGAGGUUAUCCAGUGCACAAUUGUCCCCAAGCUACCAGCCAAAUAUGGAGGGGCCACCAUCGUGCUUUCCUCCAGUUGGUGCUGGAUCUGGUCCUCGAUCCCACUCAUGCAUGAUGAUGCCCAGCUUUGUUCCGCCGGAGUGGAUCAUCUUGAGGUGGACAACGAUAACGACAAGGCCAUAGAAGCUAUCAACAGGAAGGUCACGGCUAUCCUUCGGAGCCAUGUGGGCCUCUUCCUCCCGGUCCGCCUCUCCUCGUCCCUGGUAAGUAACCUUAGGGCGUGGCUCCAGAUCAUGGCUACCAAGGGUAUGGAGGAGCCCGUCACCCUCAACUGUGAGUGGCUGGAAGCCAUGAUUUUCCUCUCGGUACAGCUCCUCCGGUAUGAAUCCACAAAGCAGCUGCACCUUGCGCUCUCCCAAAUGUCGUGCCUGACUGUGCCCUGCAGGCUAGAGCACUUCUGCUCUGUACAUUUUCCCAAUCUACAACAACUUGUCCUGUUAGAAGGUGAGAUUGGAGACUUUCUUGGUGGCUGCCCCGUCCUUGAGAUGCUCGCUUUCAUGGAUGGCUGUGGUGUGCCAUAG